UAUUUUGAAGAGUUGGUUCUAGACGGUGGCAUAAUAAACACACAUCGUAUAAUCUGCUAUCACACUCGUUUUCUCCAUUUUUGGUGACGAUAGAGCUUCAAUCCGAUUCUAUUGUUCUGCGAUCAUUCUUAUACCGCUGCGAAUGUUGCAGGUGUGUCAUGUUUGACCUGUGAGGUUUCAACUUCCAAAAUGACCACAGCGCAUAAUCAUACCGCUGAGGUCGUACAUGGAAUAUCUAAUAUACUUGCGCCUCCAACAUGUGAAUCCUACAUGUUCCUUAGGGCUGAAGCUGCCCUGCCAGUUUGGUUUAGAACAUUUCUGUAUCUUCUUGCUGUUGCUUAUUGUUUUAUUGGUUUGUCAGCCAUAACUGGUCGAUUUUUCCGGUCUAUGGAAACUGUUGUUAAGCAAACCCGUAAAGUGGUAGAUAUAGAUCCCUAUACGAAAUCCGAAACUGUAAGAUAUGAAAAGGUCUGGAAUUACACAAUUGCGGACAUUAGCCUGCUGGCUUUUGGGACUAGUUUUCCUCAAAUAUCUCUAGCCACUAUAGACGCAAUACGGAAUCUUGGGAAUUUGUAUGCUGGAGGCCUGGGCCCUGGGACACUUGUUGGUUCUGCUGCAUUUGAUCUGUUUCCUAUCCAUGCUGUUUGCGUCGUAGUUCCAAAAGCUGGAGAACUGAAAAAGAUUUCAGAUUUAGGAGUGUGGAUUAUCGAGCUCUUUUGGUCUUUCUGGGCUUAUAUUUGGCUAUACAUCAUCCUAGAGGUGUGGACUCCGAACGUAAUCACCCUCUGGGAGGCUGCUUUGACAGUACUACAGUAUGGGUUAUUACUGCUACAUGCUUAUGCUCAAGACAGACGGUGGCCAUAUGUUUCACUUCCCCUUGAAAAAGCAGAUAGGCCAGAUGAGUGGGUGCCCCCGGAGGUUGAUCCAAAUAAAGAUAACUGCAAGAUUGACGAGUAUACUAUAAUGUCUGAAGUUAAUGAAGAUGAAAGAACAGGCAUUGUUGAUAUAUUCUCCGUCCAUUCAGUUAGUGGGACAGGUCCUAUGUAUGAAAAGGUAUUUGGCAGUGACGAGGCUAUAUCUUGUGAACAAGGUAGCAAAGGCAUUACCUGUAAAGAAAUAAAUCUUCUCACCAUAUGGAAGCAACAAUUUUUGGAUGUGUUCAUGUUGGAUACCAGUGGAUCGAAACACUCAAAGAGCAACUACCUGCAUUAUGCAAGAAUCUUCUGGCAGUCACUUCUUGCACCAUGGAGGUUUCUGUUUGCUGUUGUGCCUCCCUAUCAGAUUGCUCAUGGAUGGGUUGCCUUCAUUUCUUCACUAAUUUUCAUCAGCGGAAUUGCUUAUGUUGUCACAAAGCUCAGUGAUGUAAUAAGCUGUGUCACAGGAAUAAAUGCUUAUGUCAUAGCAUUUACCGUAUUGGCUAGUGGAACUUCAUGGCCAGAUUUAGUGGCAAGCAAGAUUGCUGCUGAACGUCAGCUAACAGCAGACUCGGCAAUAGCAAACAUUACUUGCAGCAACUCAGUGAACAUAUAUGUGGGCAUUGGUGUUCCAUGGCUCAUUGACACACUGUACAACUUCAUAGCAUACAGGAAGCCUUUGCAAAUCCAGAAUGCCGAUGGGCUUAGCUUCUCUUUGCUCGUCUUUUUUGCUACUUCUUUUGCUUGUAUUGUUGUUCUGGUAUUCAGGCGUGUGACAUUAGGAGCGGAACUUGGAGGACCCAGAUUGUGGGCAUGGGUUACAUGUGCUUAUUUUAUGUUGCUUUGGGUUAUAUUUGUUGUAGUAUCAUCUCUAAAAGUGUCUGGCAUCCUUUAGACUGUGUCAUGUACCCACCUCAAACAGUUUGUAUGUAGAAUGUAAUUGAAUUUCAAAUCGACAGUUCAUGCACAUUAGAUAAUGCAUGUCCAAUCUAUUCAUUCUUGUUACGAAGAAACAAAUGUAAUUACAUUCAUAUAUUAUUUGAUUUGGUUCAUACUAA